AGUUAAAAUUUGUUGCUGAAUUUUUAUAAUGAAUACAUUUCCUAAAACAUUUUGGGACAAACUUGACGAUUUAGCACAAAAUGAUGUUGAAACUUACAGCAAGUUUGAGCAACCAGAUAUACCAAGAGAUGAAAUUUUAAGUCGUAUUGAAGAUGAAGUUGUGGACUUGGUUCAUCAGAUUUCCAAUGGAGAUUCACCAUGGUUGCAGUUCAGAAAUCGUAGCAGUUGGAAAAAUGCGAUGUAUCUUCCAAACGUGGGAUUGAAAUUGAUAGAAGAUCCAAACCUUACAACCAUUUCAUUUGGAAACGAGGGAUCUGUCAACAAAUUUGGUUUGACUGUCAAGCUUCUAUCAAUGAUAUAUAAGCUUAUUCAAUCAGGACAAGUAGCUACAAAGAGAGAUUUAUAUUAUGAAGAGCCGAAUUUAUUCAGCAGUCAGUCCAUUGUAGACCACAUAGUAGAUGAUAUAUCCUGCAUGAUAUGUGUUCCACGUAGGUGGUUAAACGUGGUUGCUACAUCUAAAGGAUUAGUCGCUGGUGACCUUCAGUUUGUGGACCCUGAUGGUCAAACUGUUGACUGUUCACUAAACCAGUCUGGUUUAGUAGUUCCUGUGUUAGUGGACAAUGUUUCAAACAUAAAAACACAACAUGCCAAGUUUGUGUUGGUCAUUGAAAAAGAUGCAACAUUCCAAAGAUUGCUUGACCAAGGUUUUACGACCAACAUGCCUUGCAUACUUGUAACAGGUAAAGGUGUGCCCGAUGUGAACACCCGGAUUCUCAUACGAAAAAUAUGGAACGAACUCGAAAUUCCUGUGUUUGGUCUUAUGGAUGCAGACCCACAUGGUAUUGAGAUUAUGUGCGUUUAUAGAUUUGGAUCCCUGUCACAAAGUCAUGAUGUACAUAGCUUAGCAUUGCCUUUUAUGAAGUGGAUUGGUGUAUUUCCUUCAGAUAUUACAAGGUUAAGACUACCUGAUGAUGUGACUUUACCUUUAUCUGAUAAAGAUAAAUCUAAAUGCCGGGACAUUUUUGCAAGACCAUACAUUGAAUACCAUGCUAGAUUAGCCGAGGAGCUACACAAUAUGCUGCGUUGCGAUCGCAAAGCAGAGAUCCAGGCUUUGAUGAGAUUUUCUCCUAACUACCUUGCACAAGUAUUUAUACCUUCCAAGAUCAAAAAUGCAAACUGGAUAUAAAAGUGUAUUCCAAGAACCUGCCAGGUCGUCCACCACCACUGCGUCUUCUUCUUCGGCGUUCUGUGAUGUCAUACCGAGAACUAUUCCCUCGAUUCCCAGAUCCAGCAAUGCGUCCUGAAGAAAUGUUGUUUUUUUCGUUAUAUGUUCUUGAUGUUUUAUAUUAUAAGCUGUACGCACAGCCUACUAGAAAUUACUCCGUGCUGUAGUAUCGGAAAGAGCAAGAAAGUUAACAAAAUGUUACGUUAUUCUAUAGUUAUGUUUUAGCAUCUGCAAAUAAAUGAACGCUUUAAACAAGA